GAGUAAAAACAGUCGGCGCUGAUUUGAGUUACCGUCUUCCAGAAUACGGCAUUAUGAGAGGAAUGGCAAUUCAGAAAGCUUAUUGAAUACCUUGAUGAAUGUGUUUGUUUUUUUAUGCCCUUGUUUUCUUUCUGCUUGCAUUUUGUAAUUUCUGUCAUUCAUGGCUCAUUUGUAAAAUAUACAUUGGACUCUAUGACGGAUAAAAUAAUGGUUAAAUUAAAAUAAAUAACCAAAUGUCUUCGAGCAGGAAAGAAAAUCGAGCCCAGUCAUAAGUCAUUGGUACAGACUGACGGAGCAUUGAUUUGAAGACAUGGCGGACGACAAGGACCCCUUGAGACCACUGAAGGACCUGGCAGAGCUCAAGGACCAGCUAGAGGACAUUCAGCGGCGUGUGGAGAAGGAAGUACAGGCUGGGAUCCCACAGGGUGGCAGUGUGCUGGCCUCUCCUUUCCUUAAGGGCUUCAUGGCAGGAUAUAUUGUGUCUAGGCUGCGAUCCUCUGCGGUUUUGGGUGUGAUCCUUGGGACUUGCACAGGCAUCUUUGCAGCUCAAAAUUUUGGUGUGCCCAACAUCGAGCAAACACUGAAAGACUUUUUCAACACUCUAAAAGGACCCGGCAAAUAGCAGCCCUGGUUCUGGGGGAGAAGAUGGGUCACUGAACCAAAAAACCUGCCCCCUAAAAAAGAUCCAUUGAACUACUCCACUCCACAGCCUUCAGUUUUAGAUUGCACAAUGGUACUGAAUUCAGAAAAAUUAUGUUUUGUUUGUGUGGAGAAAUUUAGGAAAAACCAAUAUGGUUGCUUGAAUUAUGCAUCACGUCUUUACAAUCAUCUCUUGCAAUGUGUGCAAUACUCCUCAGGGGCUUAUGUAUUUUUUUAAAUAAAUAUUAACUGGAAAGAUAAUGUUCUUGUUUUAUGCAAU